CGUUGGACGUCAGAUGAAGAAGUAAGCACUACAUACAGUACGCUGCUGCCUCUCAGCGUACAGAGCAGCGUUCACUGGACCAGUCUACCUUUAAAAUCCACAUUUUUUAUCUUAUCUUUACGUCUAUUUAUUUCCUCUACUGUCGUUAUUAUUAGACUUGUUUUCUCCCGGAAGUUCUUUAACCGGAAGCGAAGAAGAAACAGGAUUUAAAUCAUCUGCCUUCACUUUGAUUCUUCGCUCAUUUUUUGUUUUUUAUCAAGAGUUAUUUUUUUAUUUUCAGCGUCCUGAGGAAACAUGAGCUUCCUUUUUGGAAACCGUUCAGCCCGGACGUUCAAGCCCAAGAAGAAUAUCCCGGAGGGUUCUCAUCAGUAUGAGCUGUUGAAACAUGCCGAGGCUACGCUGGGGAGUGGAAACCUGCGCAUGGCUGUCAUGUUGCCUGAGGGCGAAGACUUGAAUGAAUGGGUUGCUGUCAACACUGUGGAUUUCUUCAACCAGAUCAACAUGCUGUAUGGCACUAUCACAGAUUUCUGCACAGAGGAGAGCUGUCCAGUCAUGUCUGCUGGUCCCAAGUACGAGUACCAUUGGGCCGAUGGGACCAACAUCAAGAAGCCCAUCAAAUGCUCUGCACCCAAGUAUAUUGAUUACCUCAUGACCUGGGUGCAGGACCAGCUGGAUGACGAGACCCUUUUCCCUUCCAAGAUCGGCGUCCCCUUCAAGCGAAACUUCAUGUCUGUCGCAAAGACGAUCCUGAAGCGUCUCUUCAGGGUCUACGCUCACAUCUACCACCAGCACUUUGACUCUGUCAUGCAGCUGCAGGAGGAGGCCCACCUCAACACGUCCUUCAAACACUUUAUCUUCUUCGUUCAGGAGUUCAACCUCAUUGACAGGAAAGAGCUCGUCCCGCUUCAGGAGCUGAUUGAAAAACUGACAACCAAGGACAGAUAAACAGCGAUGUAACCUUAAUUUUAUUGGUCUUCUAGUUUUUUGCACAGAUACCCCCCCUCCCCUCCCCCACCACCCUGGCUGUACGUAUGCAGUAUAUACUAUAUUUCCAUUUGGGGAAAUGUUUUUAACAAGGCCAGGAAGAAGGAGAGGGGUCUUGAUAGGUUUAAGGCACCAGGACUAAUGCAAUCAGGGAUUACACUCGUAAUGGAUCCACAGAUGAAAUCUAACAGAGAGAGAAUAGUUUUUAGCUUUAUGGACAGAUCCCCAGUAUUCACUCACGGCUUACCUUUGGGAUAAUAUAGACAAAAUGAUCUUUAGUUUUCUAUCCUACCACACAGAUAUUCUUCUUCUCUCUUGGAUUUCUGGACGCUUUUUUUCCUGCUCUCCUUCGAUGUCGCUGUGGCGAGAGUGGAAGCCAGCCUUUUUAGCUCGUUAUUUUUCACCAUUAACCGAUAUCAAAGAAGCUGGGACGCCCGUCUGCUAGCCGCGAUCGCCCUCACCUUUAAACACAGAAUAAUCCUAAGUGCCUAACAUGGCUCGUAAACGCCCUAUAUCAACAGUGAGAACUGUGCGAACAUAAAGGCCAUACACACCGCAUCAAGAAAACAUUCAGUUUUACAUCCCGCCUCCUCCCCCCUUUUUUUUUUUUGUUUUUUUAGUUUGUGGAUGUUCUGCCCAAUUUUCUAUUUGUACUGUAACAAAACCUUCUUAACCAAUCAUAUUAAGAUCGUCUCUCGAUGAAGUGUCAUGUGCAGAUUAUGAUCAAUGAAUGUGUCGGACAUAGAAGCGAGGCGAGAGGAUAUUGUCACAUCGCUAGCAGCAGGGACAUUAAAUUGAGUUUUCUAGCGACGAGUUUUCCUCCAAAUUUUUUUUGAGUAGAGACGUUUUUAAAGGAGGAGUCUUCAAGGGAUCUAAAAAACUUAAAUUGUACAUAAAUGUCCGCCAUGUGUGUUUAAAAAAAAUUAAAAAAAACAAGCAUUUUGAAUUGGAGUCUGCUGCAUCCCUUUGCUUAUCUCACAAAGCCAUAAAGCACUUUGAACAAUGAGUCUUUCCUGACCUCUUUCUCGCCUUUGAAUGUUUUAUUCUGCGUAGGCCGUGCUUUGUGAGAAGUCGUGACUGAUCAUCGGUUUUUGUUCCCUUCCCGUCGCAAUCCCCCCCCCCCAAAAAAAAUGAAUGUCGAGUUGCUUAACCUCCGCUGCGAUUGGCUGCCACCUUUUUUUGUACGACGUGAGCAGAUGCAUGGCCCCGCCCCCUCCCCCGAUCUCAAAGUGUAGUUUACUAUGCAAUGAUUGACACUAAAAACAAGUUUACCCGUCGGCUCAUACUUUAAUAUUCUUUUUUGGUGUGUGAUAGAAAUAUAAAAAAAAAUGCUUCUCUUUCACGAUUGGUGAACGUUUUGUACAUCAUCUUCUGAUCUGAAAUCUGUCCGAGCGGUGUCAAACUUGAACGCACACAUGUAAAUACUAAAAAGGGUUGAGAGGAAUUUCCAGCGCGCAUGGAGUGGUAGCUUUUUUGGUUUAAAGAAUGCAUCGAGUCUUUUUCGAGGCUGCUUCCCCCCUCCCCCCCUUAUUUGAGAUAUGAUAUAUAGUUUGUUUUAACUGUUGAGUACUCCCCCCCCCCUUCUUCCUUAGCUAACUAUUAUGAAUGUUACUGCUCACCAGAUAUCUGAAAGUGUAAUAAAUAAAUGGGUCAUCCUGAAAGCGUCUUAUCGUCAUGAAAUGCCCGUAACAUAGCCUUUUUUGCCUCCAGGUUUUUUCCUCCUCUGCUGUAAGAAUUGAUGAAAUGUUUGUAAAUAAUGGCUUGGUAGGGGGUUUUCAAUGCUACUGAAUUGAUUUAUGCUGUUUACAAGGCAAAUAAAGGUGGUCUUGACUCUUUGAA